AUGAAGUUCAUCUCUGUUGUCGCUCUCCUAGCCCCCGUCGUCCUGGCCGCCCCGCAGGCGAGGGAUGACAGUGGCUGGAUCGGACUCAUCAAGGAACAGUGCCCUAAUAUGUCAGAGCAGUGUGUUGGUAUUGCUAUGGAGGCCCACAAGCCGCUGUCUGAUAUUGGUCAAAUUACACAGGCCAUGCCGGCUUGUACCCCAGCCUAUGUGGAAUGUAUCAACCUGAUCGCAGGCGACGCUUCUGAUGUUUCUACUUUUCCGCAAGACGUCACUCAAGGAGAGCUCGCUACAUGCCUCCAACGAAUUGCGCCUGAUCAUAUUAAGUACUUUCUCGACAAUGACCGCGCUUACACACCGAUUCCGUAUAACCAAAACUGUGCAUUGCGAGAGCUGCACCGCGUAGCGCACGUUGAACUGGGUCCCUUGGCAUAA